ACUAAGCUGUUCAAGAUGAGACGAACAUAUAGAUCUAAAAAGGAAACCGCGGGUGCCAUAGAUCCCCGAGAUGUCUUGUUUACGAUCGACGCAAAAAGUUCUGUUUUCGAUGCCUUUUAUAUUCAAAAUAUCAAACAAACUAAAAGAGAUAUGUCUGUCGGAAGUACAAUGCAGUUUGCUGCUUCAAAUAAAGUACGUAAAAGGAAAUACGUUAAACGACUCAAGGAACAAGAAACAUUGUGUCGGACAAGGGAAUCAACUUCGAGCUCAGCGUUUUUAACCCCGGAUAAGUCUUUCCGAGUCAAUAAACCACCAGAUUUAUUCGAUCAGUUACUUAAUUCUUCUAAUAACACACCAGAACCUGUACCGUUAUAUAAUAAACCAACAUUCCAAAGAAGGACUUAUAUUAAAAAGCAAAUAAAUAAAAAUAACAUAAAUUACUCUAGCAGCGAAAGCACAGAUUCCGAUAAAGAAAACUCGUGCAGUUCAGAAGUUAACAAAACAGCUAAUUCGUCAGACAUUAAAAGUCACAAAUUAUUAAUUGAAAGGGAAAUCAAAAAUAGUCCCGAAUAUAAUGACAAGUCCAUAAAUGACGUAGUAAAUAAUAUCUCAAUAUUUUCACAUCUGAGAAAUCCAACACAAACCCCCAACACUAAACAAAAACAUCUUAUGCCAUAUAAUAAAAUUACCCAAAACUCACCUUUAUGCAGCACACCGUUCCAUGAUAAAUAUAGGGGUGCAUCCAUAUAUAGAUUUUCACCUAUAUCAAUAAACUUAGAUGACAGCCCUAAAGAAAAAACUGCCAUCAAGAAUAAUGAAGAGCAAAAUGAUUUUUCAUACAAAGAGGAAAAUGUAGACAAUAUUGAACAAGAUACAGAGGCUGUAAAAAUUGAAAAUCCAGAAUCUCGCAGUUGUCAAGAUAGUAUCAAUGAAAGAGAUGAUACUAAAACAAAUACAUUAAAUGAAUCCCAAUAUAAAAGUAUAUGUCCGACAGAUAAUCAUUCACCAAUAUUGUCCAACCCGACCAUAACUAAGAGAAAUCGAAUAAAAACUAUAAAAAAUUCAUUAAGUUUCCAAACCACCGAAAUUGAAUCAUUCCACGGUUUCGGUGACAGCGACAUACAUUGUAAUGAUUUAGAUGCUAUCCGUGAGAAAUAUAAGGAAAUAGAAAAUAUAUUAACGGAAGAUAAUUCUCAUAACGAAACAUCUGAAACAUUACAAGAAGAUGAAAACAGUCAUGCAAAUGGUUCCACAAAUUCAGAUUCCGAUGCAAGUUUUAUUUCCGGAUCGGAAUCCAAUUAUGAUACUUGCAAUAGUGAAGACGAUUUCAAUGAGUUCAAACAACUCGGUCAACCUGUAGUUGUUGUCGAAAGACUGAACGAUUCCAUAUUUAACAAAUAUUAUGAAUUAAUGCCGAAAUCCGAAAGCCUUAAUUCAGAUUAUAGUACAGAUUUUAACGAUAGUUACAAUAAUUCUAACAUUACAGACUCUUUAAGUGUAUCCGACAAUUGUGAUGAUAUAGAUUUAGUUGAAAAUGUACCUGAUAUGACUAGCAUUAAUUUAUCAGAUUGUUCGAAUACAUGUAACGAUAAUAAGAUGGACGAAGAGGUUUGUGUUAGUUUUGUGACAACCAGAAGAAGGAUCCUACCAAAUGAUUCAAUUAUUUUAGAUGUAGAUAGUUCUGUCACUGAUUCAAGCGGCAGUGAUGCUGAUAAGACUGUACUUAGAAAGAGUGUAGAUGAUAGUAGUAAUUUACAAUUAAAAUCUGAACAUGCAGAGAAUAUGUUAGAUAAUAAUAAAGAAAUAGAACGAGAUGGUGCCGUUAGUUUAAAUUCAGAAUUACAUACUGAAGAUGUUGAUCAAUUAAAAACAUUGCCGGAACCUCCAAGAAUGGUUACCAGGAAAAGUGCUCGGAUGAUUCUUAAAACAGAUACAACCUCCAUUAACUGCGCAAGAAACAUUGAGAGAAAUUCGAGAAUUGAUGGAAAUAUAAAGGAUAUGAGCGAGACCGAGACAAAUAUACUAAACAUAUCCAAAGAAAAACCGUCCAUAGUCCUACAGCCGGGGAAGAGGUGGGAGCGGUCAUUAAGCAUAUACAGAAGAAUGACAACAAUGGAAAACUUCGACAAAACGAUCUUAGACGAAGAACAGUUGCAGAAUAAAGGCAGGAAAUACAGGCAGAGCGUCAUAGCCACCAUGGAAUUGCAGGAAAAGGGUUCACUACACAAUGAUUCGAUUAAAAGUCGCAGGAGUACGUUCGUUUCAAAACCAAGCCGGUCAACCAUUAAAAUUGUAAGAGAAUCUGAUCUUUCCCGGGAUAGUUUGUGUUCGACCAUAGUAUGCGAAGAUUUACAAGGAUUUUUGGGCGAAGACUGUGAUGAUACGAUUGUUGAGUUAUCAAAACUGUCGAUUGCCGAUUCGGAACACGAGGUCACUCUCAUAGAGAAGUUUCAUGAUACUUCUAACCGUAUAGCGACCGCUCGCGAUUACGUCCUGCGACGGUGCAACCAGACAGAUGUGUUACUCUUCGACGAAUGCUAUCCCGAUCCGCUUUUGAAGAACUGCCGCAAAAUCGGUGAAGGUGUUUAUGGGGAAGUGUUUCUGUGGCGAGCUCGUGACGGAAGGGCUCGUGUCUUAAAGGUUAUACCAAUCGCUGGGGACAUCAAAGUCAAUGGGGAAGAACAGAAGGGCUUCCAUGAAAUUCUCUCGGAGAUUGUGAUUGCUAUGGAAUUGAGCGCACUACGCGCUCCAAUAGCAGACAUAACGAAUCAUUUAAAUGAGGGCAAGAGCUUGGAAACAUUGGAUUUACAUACUGUAGAAAAUGCUACGGAUGUUUUUAAUGAGGUGUUAUCAGUACGCUGCGUGACUGGGGGCUAUCCGUCCAGACUUCUGGACCUCUGGGACCUGUAUGACGAGAGCAAGGGCUCGGAGAACGACAACCCAGCUGUUCUGCCGCCCGACCAGCAGUUCAUUGUGCUGGAACUGGCCAACGCUGGACAGGAUUUGGAAAGCUAUCAGUUUGUGAACGCCGAACAGUCGUAUGCACUGUUCAAACAGAUCGCGUUUGGUCUAGCCGUAGCGGAGGAGGCAUUUCAGUUUGAACAUCGGGAUCUUCACUGGGGUAACGUGCUCAUAGCUCAGACGGAUCAAAAGAGUUCGUGUUUCGUGGUUCGCGGUCGCGCCUUCAACCUGCCGAGCUGUGGAGUGAAGGCUUCCAUCAUCGACUACUCGUUGUCCCGGGCCUCGGUGAGCCGUGGAGUUCUGUACUCUGAUCUGGCCCAAGACGAAGCCCUGUUCGAAGCCCUGGGGGACUAUCAGUUCACGGUGUAUAGACUCAUGAGGGAUAAGCUUGGUAAUGAUUGGAAGAAUUUCGAACCAUACACUAAUAUACUGUGGCUGCAUUACACUUUGGAUAAGAUGAUAACGGCCCUCCGUUACACAAGGACCAACACUAAAAUACACAAGCACUACAUAGCGAAGCUGAAGGAGGUGAAGAACAGGAUCCUGGACUACGGCAGCGCCGUUCAGUUUGUGCUCACAGACAACGAAAUAUAAAACGAAUUAUCAUAUAUUGAUUCAAAUAUUUAAUGAAAAAAAAAAACUGUAAUCUUAAAUUCUUUUCAACAUGAACGAUAUAACUAUUAGCACUAUGUGGGAUUUUUAUAAAACUAUUGACAGGUGUUUGGACUGUGUCAGAGAUACUCGCUUGGACAAAUUGGUAGAUGUUAGAGUUAUUAUUUACAAGACUGUCGCCGCAUCCAGCCACCGGCGGGCGGCCGACACACACGAGGUGCCUUUGUUCACAUUAAAUAAAUUCACAUACCAUAUUAA